AAGAUAGUACGGCACGGACAAAGAUAUCAACAGAGUGAUCAACAGUAGUCAGUAGUCAGUACUCAGUAAUACUUCAGUCUGAUAUUCCAUAUUUCCAUUUUCCAAGCCAUAUUGCCUUCGGGUUCAACCGUCUACGGUCUACCUAUAUAUUUUUACUUUUUAAGUAGUGUAUGAAUUUCAUUUAAUGGCGGAAUUAUUAGAAGAAGAUGUAAUUACGGGACCUUCCGAAUUAGAUAGAACAUUUGUUUUUGAAGAUGAAGGACAUACACUGGGUUCUCUAUUAACUUAUGUUUUAGAAAGUUUCCCUGAAACAGAUUUUUGUGCAUAUUCCAUAAGGCAUCCGUCAGAAAAUAAAAUUUAUUUACGGUUAAAAGUAAAAAAUGGCCACACCGUAGAAGAUAUUUUCAAACGUGGUUUUCAAGAGCUUAAUCAAAUCUUAAAUCAUGUGAAAAAAACAUUCAAUAAAGCAAUUUCAGCAUAUGAAGAAACUAAAGCAACUGAAUAAGACUCAAGUUUUAUAUUAAAACCAUGUGAAUAAAAAUUAAAUAUUGUACUUUACUAAUAAAACAUAAAUACAAUAGCAAUUACAAGACUUUA